AGUUGUUUACGGAAGUGAUAUCAAGAGGCUAGGUUGCGCGCGCAACCGGUAGGCAGAAGGCAACAAUGGCCACCGACAACAAUGCGAAUCGCUGUAGCAUGGAAGUUAAACAAUGGUCAGAUUAUGUGCUGAAGUUAUCUGUUGAAGACCGCGAGAGGUAUAUUUCAAAGCUGACAUCUGGUGAGGGUACACGUAGUUUGCCAGACCCCUAUUGUUUGGCGAGCGGCUGGGUUGACGACCCGUCUUUGUGGCCGGCCAUAACAUUUACGGACAUAUAUUUCUAUCUUGUGGAUACGCCAGGACAAUUCACUCACGACAGUUUGAGGGCGUACAAAUCCUUAAAAGCGUACGACUACGUGGAAAGUGGACAUGUUUACCCUAUCUUUUACAAUGCAAUUGACGACCAGUCACCUUACUGCUUUUUGAAGACGAAGGUGAUUCCAUCCCAGCGCCUUCGUGACAAACCACAUCAGCCAUGGGUUUGUGUCAAGAAAUCUGAGGGGACAGUGUUUUGUGCCCACUGCACGUGUAUGGCUGGACUUGGAGAGGUAUGCAGUCAUGUGGCAGCCCUACUGUUCAAGGUUGAUGCAGCUGUGAGGGCAGGAUUGACCGCAAAAGCUUGCACCAGUGAAGCGUGCAAGUGGAAUGCUGCUUACAGAAAAGAACUCCAGCCAACCCCACUGUGUGAGGUUCAGCAUCUGUUUGGACGUCGUCGGAAGGCAAACACUCCAUCUGUGUCAGGAACUGGAAAAGCUCCACUUCCUGAUAUUGAAACACUGAAGUCGUUGAAAAGUGUAUGCCCUAAUGCUGUCUUUUUUUAAGUGUAUUCCUCCACUAGAUGAAGA